GAUUUCAUCAUAAUUUUCUUCUGGACUUGAGCUAUGAGAGAUACCAUAAAUCAGUUUCCAUUUGAAUUGUGCAGGGAAUUUGAAAGCUGAAGGCGAAUGCCGAAAUAUCUCGAUUAUCUCAUUUACUUGUUACAUCAUGGGCGAAUCUGUGAAUGAAUUCAAGCUGGACCAACCUCCAGAAGAUGGCAUCUCAGCCGUCAAGUUUGGACCCAAUUCCUCUCAGUUCUUGUUGGUGUCAUCGUGGGAUGAGACGGUGAGACUCUAUGAUGUCCAGGCCAAUCAGCUCAGGGCCAAGUACAAGCAUGACAGACCUGUGCUAGAUUGCUGCUUUUGUGAUCAAACACAUACUUACAGCGGAGGAUUAGACAAUAUGCUGAAGCUGUAUGAUAUCAACACAAGUACAGAGAAUGUACUUGGAAAUCAUGAGGAUGCUAUCAAGUGUGUUGAGUUCUGCCCAGAGGUUAAUGUGGUGGUAACAGGUAGCUGGGAUCAGACGGUCAAGCUAUGGGAUCCUAGGAUAGGAAGGUCAACAGGGUCAUUCUCACAACCGGACAAGGUCUACACAAUGGCAGUCACAGGUGACCGCUUGGUGGUGGGUACCGCCGGACGCAAGGUCCUCGUCUGGGACCUCCGCAACAUGGGCUAUGUCCAGCAGAGGCGCGAGUCCAGUCUCAAGUACCAGACCAGAUGCAUCAGAUCCUUCCCCAAUGGUCAGGGCUAUGUGCUGAGUAGCAUCGAGGGUCGAGUGGCCGUGGAAUACCUUGACCCAAGCCCAGAGGUCCAGAAGAAGAAAUACGCCUUCAAGUGUCACAGGUUAAAGAAUGACGGAGUGGAGCAGAUUUAUCCAGUCAAUGCCAUCGCCUUCCACAAUCGACACAACACAUUCGCUUCAGGAGGCUGUGAUGGGUUCGUCAACAUCUGGGAUGGUUUCAAUAAGAAACGCUUGUGUCAGUUCCAUUGCUAUCCUACAAGUAUCAGCUCUCUGGCAUUCAGUAAUGAUGGCUCUAUACUUGCCAUUGCAUCGUCUUACACAUACGAGGAAGGAGAUAUAGAGCACCCAGAGGACGCAGUCUUCAUCAGGAAAGUAUCAGACCAAGAGACCAAACCAAAGAGUUGAGAUGGCAUCUAAUCUUCUAAAUGCUUCUAGCAACCUUAGAAUAACAGAUAAACUUCAAGUCUAUACCAUGUUAUCUGUAGCCUAGGCCUCAGCAUUUUUAACAGGGAUGUGGUGCACGUGGGCCCCAAAAAUUUCAACUCUGAACCCCCCAAAAUUUGUUAUUAACAGGGGCCCCCAUGCACACAGAUCCUACAAUUUUCAAUCCAGGACCUGCAAAUAGCCAGCAUGGAGCAAAGUGCUUUUGCAGACUGAUUUUUUUUAAUUUUUUAUUCUUUUCUGUCUAAAAUGUUCUUCUUCACAACAUAGUUAUCGAAUAAUUUGUAAAGAAAUUAUUCUGAAUAUCUAUGAUAUACUGGUAUGUAAAUGAUUGCAAGAGAGGGUAAGAAGUAAUAGCUGCAAACAAGAAAGUUUACUCAGUGUGGAUACCACUUAUGGGUGUACAAGUCUGCACACAGCAUACCCAUUGUCCCAUCCAGAAAGACCCCCUAUUCUUUCGGAGAUACUUUGGGUGAGGGAUAUGUAAGAUAAUGACUUUACCAUAUAGGGGAACGGGUAUAAUAUGCAGAACUUUGCUAAGGCCUGUUACCCUGUUGGUCAUAAAUCAUGGCAAUCCCGGCUAAUCCCUGUGAUGGACAACACCUGUGAAUGGUGUCAAAUUCUCUAUCAGAGCCCACUUCCAAGUAUCUUCGAUUCAAUUACCAUUGGCUUUAUCCAGAGAUAAUGGCUUGAUUUCAUAUUUUAUCUGCAUCCUUAGUAAAUUCAAAAUGGUAUGAUGAUUUCUGUAUCUAAACUUAAUUAUGUGUAAAUGAAUAAGUUUAUUUGUCUGUGUACAGUUCCAUAAUCUGUUGAUGCAUGUAUAAAUAACUUGUUGUUUCAUGUAAGGACCAAACAUAAAAAGGUAAUGACAAAGAAAGUUUUCAAUGUCAUAUAUUUGUGAUGAGACAUAAAUUCAGUUUGUCAACAAUCAGCUGAAUUAAGAUGGCAGAUGCCCUUAAUUUUGAAAGGUACUCCUCUGAAAUUUGGCAUCCAUGCUUUUAAUUGCCAAUUAUGAAAUUUAUUUGAGAGGAAGGUGUGAAAUAGUGAGUAAAUAAUCGCUUUAUGAACAUUAAAUAUGUGAAACAUUACACAACUUAAACUUAUGGCUAUUAAUAGGUCUAGUAUGGAGGCAGCACUUAUUAAAACUCGUUAAUCACUUUCUGAGUGCAGUGUCCUAAAAGUGCCCUAAAUGUGACUAAAUUUCUAAUCUUGUGGGAUAUUAAUAAUAAUAACCGGACCAAUAUAUAAAUAUACUCUACUACACUGUGAUGAAAAACAAUACUCACAGUGCUACUUUACAGACACACAACCCAAAAAAUAUUCAAAAGCUUCUGAAAACAAGUGAAUCUUUAACAUCACUUUUUUUUCUCAUAUAUAUCUCAUAUGCUGUAGGACUGCUCCAAUUAUGGGUAAAUAUGUUUUAAUGCACUAGACUGUGAUCUGUAUAGAGUUUGUACAAAUGUAAAUAAAUUUUCCAGUACAAUGUAA